UGUGUUCCUCAGUGUCUUGAUGAGAUCUAUAGGGAACAAAAACACAGUUCUCCUUGGCCUUGGCUUUCAGAUCUUUCAGCUGGCUUGGUAUGGCUUUGGAUCUCAGUCUUGGAUGAUGUGGGCAGCAGGAGCUAUAGCAGCGAUGUCAAGCAUUACAUUCCCAGCAAUUAGUGCUCUGGUUUCACGAAAUGCGGAGGCAGAUCAACAAGGUGUUGUCCAAGGAAUAAUAACUGGAGUGAGAGGACUGUGCAAUGGCCUGGGACCAGCACUGUAUGGCUUUAUUUUCUUUCUCUUCCAUGUGGAACUCAAUGAAUUGCUAACUGAUAACACUUCUGAAAAAAAGACAAAGCAGAAUCUUAGUGAUAAGAGUGCGAUCAUUCCUGGUCCCCCCUUCCUGGUUGGAGCGUGCAUUGUUCUUCUGGCUUUUCUAGUCGCCUUAUUUAUUCCUGAGAACAGAAAAGCCAGCAGUACCAAAAAACACAGCAACAGCAACAGCGGUAGUCUGAGUAACAACCUAGACCAAAGUAAUGAAGAGGACACUGAACCACUGCUGCAGGAUAGCAGUGUAUGAAGGCUAAAUUCUGAGGGGCCUAUGGAAGAAAUUCAUGCACUGAAUUGUGUCUCUGGAAGCUUGAUGGGAGGUACAGAGCAUCUUGCCUUUGAGAGGAAGACAACUGUGACAGGCAGUCACUUGCUGUUUGAUACUUGAGGUGGCUGUCAUGCUUGCAGAAGUGGUUAUUCAGAGCAGCAGGUCACAAGCUGGUGUGGUUCUACCCAAUACUGGACUGCAAGUGCUGUGUCAAAUUUUGAUAUUGGGUAGAAGCCUGAAUAUUGAAAGAGAAUUUUUUUAAGGGUUUGAAUGUUUAGCUCCUAAAAUUGUGAGAUAAUGCGAAAUAAACAGGUUUCAGCCAAAACAAUUUCUGCCGUCACUAUAAUAGGUUGUUUUGCAUUUCUUAUGCCUUUUUGUCUGCAUCUAUGCCACAUGUAGUCAUGAUAUGGGAGGCACUGAUGUCUAUAUAGUUUUGAUACCUGAAAUAGUAGUUAUCAAUGAAGUUCUCAAAUAUUAUUUACUAACAGGUAGUCUAGUAGUUACCAGAAAGCAGUGAUGAAACUGAGAUGGCAGAAUUCUUAAUGUGUGUGGUCACAUGUGACAGUAGUUACCCAUAAAUAAAGGUUAUACAGAAACCCUAAACCCACAUUCUAGAAUAUUAAGUUUCGUGCAGUUAAAGCAAAUCCAGAUGGCACCCAAGAACCAGGUCCCAAUAACAUUUUGAUUAUAAAAAGUAAAAUUUUAAUUUUAAAGCAAGCAGUGUCAGAAAUACAGACACUUCUGAGUGGGUGCCAGAGUACUUUACAUCAAGAUGUAUAUGUAUGUACUGCAUUUUGUCACUUUAUCUGCCAUAUAAACUAAUUUUUCCUAUUAAUUCCUUUCACCACUGCCUUAACUGCUUCUUAGUGUUCAGUUAUUAAUAAUAUUCAGCCUUCAUAUCUCUGUCUUACCUGCUGAAUAUCAUGGAUAUAUCCAUAUUUUUUUUUUCUUAAAAGAUGCUUCAAAGGAGUUAUGAAUUGUAACAAAUGUGCUAAUUUUUAGAGACAUUUUAUGAAGAAGAUAGAGAUUUAUAUGUAUUUUGCUGCAAUGUAAAUGGACUAUUAAACCCAACUUUGAUGAAAUACUCCUAUGAAUGUUUUAUAUGUAUGCAAUAUAUGUAGAUAUUUGUAAGGAGUUUUAGUUUUUCCAGAUGGGGUGCUGUGUAAAUCAUGUAUUUAUAAAUGUAAUGAGGGUACAGACAGUUAUACAAUUUUUUAAAAGGAUUGUGUAUUGACUGAACACAUUUUAAAAAUACGUAUUUUGAAACUUGUUCCACACUGAGCACAGAUAAGAAACCUUUUGUACUGUGCAAGUUGAUUUUUAAGUUAAUAAACUUCCUAAUGCAUAAUAAAUAUAAAUAUUAAGCUUUC